GGGCGCGGUGACGUCACGGGACAGGAAGUGGCUCUUGCGCAGGCGCAUGAGGCACCGCAGGGAGCGUGGAGCAAGUUGCCGGGACAGUCCCAGAUUGUGUCCUUGGAGGAAUUGUGACGGGUUUUGGAUCUGUAUCCUCAGCUCCUAAUGAAAUAGUUCCUGGCCUCGGAGAGCUUACAUUCUAUCAGACGUUGUCUGCACCCCCUGCGCUAUGGCCCUGGCAGUAGUGAGGUCAGCCUUUUCCAGAUCCCUGCUGGCACACACAGCUAACUCCAGCCGGCAGAUGACACUGCAGAAAGGAGCUCUAGGUUGUAUUUGUCAUAAAUCGACAUACACGCCUCUUCUAGAAGACUACAAUUGCAAAGUGGAACUCGCAUUGUCAUCAGAUGGCAGGACCAUCAUCUGUUACCAUCCUUCCGUGGACGUGCCUUACGAGCACACCGAACCUAUAGUUAGACCAGAUCCUGUGGAUAACCAAGAAGAAACAUAUGAUCAAAUGCUGAAAGCCAGAUUAAAAGCAGAUGGUAAUACUACUGAGCAAGGACCCAUGAUAGAAGAGCUGAAUAAACUGUUCUUCACUACCAAGCACCGCUGGUACCCUUAUGGACAGUAUCAUCAGCGGCGCAGAAAACCCAAUCCUCCCAAAGAGAGAUGAUUUUGAGACACUAAUAUAGUCAUCAUUUACUGUCAAAGGGAAAAUGUCAUCUUUUGUUUAUCUCACUGCUUGAAGAAAUGAAAUAAGAAGUAUUUCCUGAUGUCAUAUGGGGAAAUUUUAAUAAAAUUUUUUUCUAGAUUUUUGAUUAUAUUUUUGUUCCUAUAUCAGAUAAUCUCCAGACUUGGCAUUCUGAUUUAAAGAUACCUGAUUGAAUUCACUCCCACUUGCCACGUUCCACUGCAUUUUAUAAGAUAUCACAGCUCAGUCCUAUCAUGAUAAUGGUAUAAACGUGGAGAAAAAAACAAUUUUUAAAUGGGGAAUGGCUGUUCUUCAUCAAAAAAUCUUUUCUUGCCUUUGAAAAUAACUCAUAAAUCAUAAUAGGAAAGUCACAAAUCAACUUUCCUGUUCAUUUAAGUUUUGAAAAGAUGAUUGCUUCCCUGAGAUAAUGCUUUCCCUGAUACUUUUUUGGGAAAAAAAAAAGUAACUGCUGAAUUUUUUUUUCUGGAAAGGGAUUUAACUUGUUAUUUAAUUCUAGUUAUGCUUCCCCACUCCCCCUCCCAUCAUAGCAUUUUGCUGGCUUAAGGAAAAUGUGUAGAGAAUCACAGUGUUUUCUGUAACUCUGGUUAUAGCAUAAGUGUUCUCACUGUCUUUAUGAAAAUGUCAAAUUACAAGCCCAUUUGUCUUCACUAGUCAGGAAGGGCUUGUUAACAUGCACCCUUUCCAGCAUUUCUAUUGUGGAGAUAACCAAUCUUUCAAAGGAGUUGGAAAAAUUUCCACAUUUAAACUCAGCAAAGGCUGGAAAGAAAACUAAAAUGAAAAGUUUUUAAUGGGAGAAGAAAAUUAUGUUUGUGGCAGUAUAUUUAGAUCUAGACGGGAGCAGUGCCUACUGAAAUAGUACUUUAUACCAAGUCUGAAUAAGAAAGCUGUCACCAUUGAAAGGCUUGCAAGUCAUAGGCCGUUAAUAAAUAGUUGGUGAAUUUAAGUCUGGAACAAUGACUGGAGAGUAACAAAGGAAAUGUUAUAUCGCUGCUCUAGUUGGUUGCCAAUAAAAGUAUCAAAAAAAAAA